AUGUUUGCUUUCCUAGGGCUGAUGGUUUCCCUAUUGGCCCUUGGAGCUUGUGCUCCCUUGCAAAGAACAAGCACUCGCAAGAAACUCCUACUGGUUUCCUUUGAUGGUUUCCGCUGGAAUUAUGACCAAGAUGUGAACACCCCCAACCUGGAUGCCAUGGCAAGAGAUGGGGUAAAGGCACGUUACAUGACUCCUCCGUUUGUUACCCAGACAAGCCCAUGUCACUUCAGCCUUCUUACAGGGAAGUAUAUUGAGAACCACGGGGUGAUUCAUAACAUGUGGUUCAAUACCAGCACUGGGCAGAAGCUUCCUUAUUAUAACACACAGAGGGUGUCUUCCUGGUGGGACAAUGGCAGCCUCCCUAUUUGGAUCACAGCACAAAGGCAGGGUUUGAAGACAGCCUCCCUUUUUUUCCCUGGAGGGAAUGCCACCUACCAGGGGGAACAGGUGAAUGUCAAGAGGGUAGAAGGCCUCUUUCACAAGUACAACAAUGUGACUGAGUGGAGGCAGAACAUCAAUCUUGUCAUGGAAUGGUUCACCAAGGACAAUGUUGACUUUGUGGCCCUUUACUUCGGAGAGCCCGACUCCACAGGACACAAAUAUGGCCCGGAGUCUCAGGAGAGGAAAGAAAUGGUUAGUCAAGUGGACCAGACAGUCGGUUACUUGCGGCAGAGCAUCAAGGAGCAUGGCAUGAGCUCAGCACUGAACUUGAUAAUCACAUCUGACCAUGGCAUGGAAACAGUAAUAAAACAAGAUGAAAUUCACCUCCAAAAAGUGGAAAACUUCUCUUUUCGGGACAUUCAGUUUGAGUUGGUAGAUUAUGGACCACAAGGACUACUGGUGCCAAAACCAGGAAAACUAGAACAAGUUUAUGAGGCCCUGAAAAAAGCGGACCCAAAGCUCCAUGUCUAUAAGAAAGAGGAAUUCCCCAAGAGAUUCCGUUAUGCCAACAACUCCCGGAUCACACCUCUUGUAUUGUACAGUGACCCUGGCUACGUCAUCCAUGGGAGAAUCAAAGUGCAAUUCAACAAAGGGGAACAUGGCUUUGACAAUGAAGACAUGAACAUGAAAACCAUAUUCCGGGCUGAAGGACCAGACUUCAAGAGAGGUCUGGAGACGGAGCCUUUUGAAAGUGUGAAUGUUUAUGCCCUCCUUUGCGAACUCCUGGAGAUCACACCAGAACCCCAUGAUGGAUCCUUGAAUGUCACAUGGCCCAUGCUGCUCAAGUCUGAAGGUCUGGUCAGCCUUCCAUCCUUCCAAGGAUUAAGAUCUUACCAAGAACAGUUUAGAGUUCACAUGGUGCAGCCCCUCAUAGCAGAGUCCACCUUCACCUAA